AUGUCUGUAGAUAUUCCUCUGGGGUUAGCGCAGUUCCCGGUGACGAAACUAUGCAUGGUUGUGUGCGUAGGGAUCACUCUGGUGGCGUCACUGUUCCAGACUAAAUACUGGUUUCUACUGCAAUAUGAUCCCUUCAUUUCAGAGUAUGAACAAUACUGGCGGUACUUCACGUUUCAGCUGGGAGCGGUGAAUGAGUCGGACGUGGCGCUGUACACGCUGAUAUGGUACGAAUUCAGGCAGCUCGAGAGACUCUUUGGGUCACGGCGGUACGUGAACAUGCUGGCGCUAUGCUGGGUGUACAAUACGCUUACUCUGUGGCUGAGCAAUAAGAUGAUCAAUGUGCUGCCGCUCGUGCACUGGAACCGGUUCAGCAGUGGGCCGCUGGCUAUCUGCAUGUCACUGUUCCACUUCUACAAAGAGUACACUCCCCGCGUAUACGAGUUCGAUGUGCUGCUGGCACAGCCGCUUCCGUCGGACCGCAGCAAGCAGCUAGAGUGGACGCUGAGCGACCAGUUUCUAAUUAACGGGCUUGUGCUGCUGCUUAUGUUGAACCAAGGUCUGGUUGGGUUCUUGAUAGGACUAAUUGGAUGGAUCUGCGGGCUGUGCAUAGAUAAAGGUCUCCUUCCCGGAAAGGACUUCUUCAACCUGCCGCUGUGGCCGACAGCAUGGAGCCAUACUCCCAGCACUGCCCCAGAUUCGCUGCGGGCGUCCACGGCCGCGCCAGAGGGAGAUGUGUUCGACGAGGCCGAGUCCGAGGAACAGCUCGACGAGCCCGCGAGACCGCUUGGGGUCCAGUUUCUCGACACCUUCAGAAGGUAA